CGCAAGCCUCCGGGUCGUCAGCAUUAUCUAUCUGCUGACUAUCGAUGCUCAACACUGCUCGCGCGAUCUUGACCCCUUUCGGUUAUAUUCCAUCAGACUGUACGGAAUGCCGGUAGAAGGACCCCUUUUUACUCAUGACAAACUGCACUGCGCAUUCUCCUUUCGUCUGUCUAUAUGAAAUGAUCUCGAGCUAAAGGAUAUCAAUGACGAUAGACAUUCCAAACUGAACACUUGACAGAUGGCAAACAUCAGAGUCAUGGUAGUGGGCGCUGGCAUUGCUGGUCCCGUUCUUGCAACCUUCUUGAAGACUAGAGGUUAUGACCCUAUCAUUUACGAAAGAGUCUCGAGUCCAGGAGAGAGUGGACUCAGCCACCUGCUGCAGCCCAACGGUCUCCGUGUCCUAUCACUCAUCCCCGGCCUCCUGGAACAGAUGCCCGGCCAUUCUCCAGAUAGGAUGAUUUACUGUUCCUCCUUAGAUGGAAAGGAAGAUAUUCUCGUCGAUAAUGAUACAUCGCCAGAUACAAUGCGAGAACAGUUUGGCUUCCCCUUGAUGGGAGUCCGGCGCGCAGAGCUUCAUCGGCUUUUGAUCGAUACUGCCGAGAAGCACGGCGUUGAGAUCAAAUGGGGUCACCAGGCCAUUGAAUUCGAGCAAAGCGAGGACGCAGUGCAAGUCACGUUUGCGAAUGGUGUCAAGGACGUGGCGAGCUUUGUUGUAGGCUGCGACGGGCUGCAUAGUAAUACCAGGAUUGCGCUCUUUGGAAAGGAGAAGGCAGACUUCACGGGAUUGGUGCAGUUCGGUGGGCUAUCUCCUACACCGGCUGCCCUUCAGGGAAAUUCUGUGCUGCUAAGUAUCUAUGGAAAUGGUCGUCAUAUGAUUGCAUAUCCUGUUGUGGAAGGCAAGCAUGCAUGGGCGAUCACUACUCGAGAAGCUGAGGCCAAGGAGGACUGGAAAACACAAAAUGUAGAACAACAGGACGAAAUUCGUAGAGGGCCUCUUUCUGCUUGGGGGUUUGGGGCCGGAGAACUGGUAAAGACCGGCCAGAAGAUCGCGAAGUAUGGUCUCUACGACCGACCUGAGCUCAAGUCAUGGUUCAAGGGAAGAAUCGUUCUUUUGGGCGAUGCAGCUCACCCCACAAGUCCGCAUCUGGGACAAGGUGCCAAUCAAGCUUUCGAAGACAUUUACCAUAUUAUGCGGCUCCUGAAGAAAUACAAUCCGUCUGCUGGCCAGCCUUCAACAGAAUUAUUGUCGCAAGUCUUCACAGAUUACCAGGAUCUUCGGCUACUGCGUACGUCCGAGCUUGUAAGGGGCGCUAGAAAGCAAGGAGAGGCUCGGGUUGUCGAAGGCAUCGAUGCAUGUAGGGCGAGAGAUGAAGUAAUCCGGGCGGGGUCCAAUGAUGAUGCAGCGAAGAUGGCACAAUAUGAAUUGUUUUCUGGACCGUUUAAGGACAGCGAAAUGUAGUUGUAGAACUUCAUUUGUACCCGUACUUAUCUUUGUGUCUUAUAUAUUUGUGCGUCGUUGUGAUCUUGUUUAUAUUUUAAACUCUAGCUUCCUUGGACCACCCCUCGAUCACAUACACUUCAGCCUUUGGCAGCCAUGCAUGACCCAUUCGAAGUGAGAAUGCAAUUCCUCGGGCUCAUU